AUGCAAACCCAAGUCGCCACCCAAGCGCACAACCUCCCCCUCCUCGCCACCCCCUCCCACUGCGCGAACAAAACCUUCAUCGUCACCGGCGCCAACGUCGGUCUCGGCCUCGAAGCCGCCAAACACCUCGCCUCCCUCGGCGCGGGCCGUGUCAUCCUCGCCGUGCGGGACGUUACUAAGGGGGAGGCGGCCAAGGCGGAGAUUGAGGGCGGGCUUCAGGGUAAAGCUGGCGGUACCGGCGUGGUGUCGGUGUGGCAGUUGGAUUUGGAGAGUUAUGACAGUGUGAAGGCGUUUGUGAAGAAAGCGGAGGCGGAAUUGGAGAGGAUUGACGCGGUGAUUGAGAAUGCGGCAUUGGCGCCUUCGGUGCGGGAGGUGGUGACGGUGAAUGGGGAAGGGGUGGCGGCGCAUGUGAAGGCGGUGACGGUGAAUGUGCUGGGGACGUUGUUGCUGGCGGUGUUGUUGGUGCCGGUGAUGCGGGCGAAGGCGGCCAAGUUGAAGGCGAAUUGGGAGGAGGGGAACUUUGAGGAUGGCGUGCAGAGGCUGGUGAUUGUCACGAGCCGGGGCGCGUUUGAUGAUAAUACCAAGGGGAUGUGGGAGAAGAUUAGGGAGGAUCCGAUUAAGGGGAUGGAUGCGGAGGAUAUGUUCCCCGUCGCGACUUACCCCCUUUCGAAACUAGCCACCACCUUCGCAACCCGGCAUCUCGCUCGCGUCAUCGCCCCCCUCGACCAGAACGGCAGCGGCGUCAUCAUCAACCUCGUCUGCCCCGGCCUCUGCAUUACUACCCUCGGUCGCAAUGCCUCGCCCGAGCACGCCGAGAGGCUGCGGAACCUGCACAAGAACUUCGGCCGGACGGCCGAGGAUGGUAGCCGCACGCUGCUUCACGCGGCCGUGGCUGGGCCGGAAAGCCAUGGCCAUCUGUUGCAUUCUUGCGUGGACGGAGAGCCGGACCUUCCUGACUGGGUUAAGAGUGACUUUGAGGAGCAAAAGCACACUUGGGAGGUCAUCGCGAAGGAACUGGAGGCUAUUGAACCGGGGUGUGUUAGCAAGCUGUAG